GAAACUCGGACUUUUGCGGAAGUUGUGCAAAUAUUUGCUCAAAUUUCAAAACAUUUCCCGGGAAAUCGAAGCAAAACAAACUAACCAAGCGAGGGAGAGACGAGUAAGCUUUCUUAAGUAGGUUAGCUUGCUACUUUUGGUUGUCUUUGAUCGCGUGUGGUGAGUCGCCUAUGAUGGUAUGCAGCCUGAAGCAAAGGAACCAGAGGAGGAUAGUGUAUGGGAGGAACCACCUUCUGUGCUGUGGGGACUGGACCCGAUGUUCAACGCUUUCAACAGGCUCUAUGUCAAAGACAUCCUACAGAUGAGAGAGUCCUGUCUAGUGUCAGGGAUAUACUUCUACAACUCUCACCCGAUAUUCAAAGUUGAUGUGCUUGGGACUGUGGUGUACAAGCGAGAGCGAGAAGACUUCUUCUGUUACGGAGUUGAUGAUGGUACUGGUGUUAUAAACAGCCUUUGCUGGAAAGAUGAACAGUGGAGGUAUCAAGGUGACCCUGCUACAUCAGGAGCAAGGUCUUUCGGUAGCAGCGCACGUGGAGACUUCAACCCAGCCAACGAGCUGAAGAAACUACGGCAAGCCCAACACAGCAGCUCCCACCUGGAGAUAGGAGAACUGCUCAGGGUGCGAGGGCCCGUCAAGACCUCCAGACAACAGAGAGAGAUAAUGGCCUCUACUUACUAUAAAGUGUCAGACCCGGUGAUGGCGGUCCAGAUAUCCUGGAUGAUGGAGGUUCCUCAGCUCUACAGACAGUGCUAUGAUAAACCAUUCCAACUGGACAGCAGUGCACAGAACCCUAACAUUCAAGGUGGUUCUGCUUCCUACCUACUUGGCAGAGCCACUCAUAUCCUGAAGGACUUCCUGAAAGAGAAAGAAGUCACCAGCUUCAGACCCUCUGAUGUCCAGGACCUUUUACAGCGUCUCGUCUUCAGACAACCUCAGAAGACAGCAUCAGAACAGGAGCCUGAGGCUGGUCCAUCAUCGGGUCCACCAACAUCUUUCAAACAGCUCGGGGAGCUCCUCCAGAAGAGCCUUCAGAUCCUGCAGGACGAAGGCUUGGUGUUCCGGAAGGUCAAAUCUCAGGAUGAAGUCUACCAUGUAACGGAACGGGACAAGGAUCUUCUCAUGGCAGUCAGAGACAUUCUUCUGGAAGAUUGCAGACGAGAGAAAUAUGCGGAAAAGGGUUGCCACAUCCUGCACGUCCUGUCCAGUGUGAGACAGAGGUACAGUCGCAACGUGAGCAAGGCAGCCUUGGAGCUGGUCCUCAAAGCUCUGGAGUGUAAUAGUGACAUUAUCAGCACCAGCGACAGUCAUUACACUAUCCUCUGACGCUGACUUAGACAUUCUGGGACAUUCCACAAACUGUCUGAAAUGGAGUGAAACGGGGAGGUACCAUCCGACCUUGUCCAAUAAGAAACGCAUGUUUUUGUUUUCCGUUGGGAAAAAAUAUAUAUAACGUGUGUCCUAAUAAAUAUGACCCUUUUA